CAAAUAUACAGUGCAGCUAAAUUCCAAAAUCACAACCUGUGAAAUAUUUGGCUGAAGGCAUCACAAGUACCGACAUGCUGCAUUUAUGUAACACCACUUCAGGCGUGCAGCAGCAGUGAAAUACUGUAUGUAUACUUUGUAGACAAUAGAAAUGGGUGAUGGGAGGUAUUUCUAUGCAAGUCGAAGUAAGAGUAGGAUUGGGAACAGGAUAAAUCUCACACAGUAUCCCUGUUUCAGCUUACUGAGGACCUCUCCACCAUGUUGUACAGGAAAGUCAUGCUGAUCUCUCCGGUUCUGCUGCUGCUGCUGCAACUGUUAUUGGUGGAGAACUGCUGGGCGCUGUCAUGCCUUCCUUGUGAUCCUAGCCAAUGCCCAGAGGUUGAGUGUGUAGGGAGAAAAGUGCGGGGUACCUGUGGGUGCUGCCUCAUGUGUGCGAAACAGAAAGGCGAAACAUGUGGUGGAGUCUACAAUUUAGAGGGCCGAUGCGACCAGGGGCUAAAAUGUGUGGUGGAAACCUCCUACCAGCUCAACAGCAUAGGAGUGUGUGAAGAUAUGAAACUGAUAGAUGAUGAAGAGUUUAUGGCGUGGCUGAAGGCCAGGCUGGAGCGCAGGGGAGGAAAACGUGGUGUGCGCUCUGCUCUCACCAAACAACCUACCCCAAGAGGAAACUGAAUGCAGAGAAACAGCCUUAUAAACAACUUUAUACAUUAAAGCAACAAUACUAAUGUUUUUUUUCUAGGGUUGUCAGUUAACAAUGAUUUACUUGUUUUUUUUUAUCAGUUUCUCUAUUGUGUAGACAAUUUGAUUCAUUCUAUCAGGAUUAGUAUUCAUGUAGUCUCUCACUAAAUGUAUUUAGUGUAACUUUUCCAACACCUGUCCUAUUAUUGUACAUUUGUAUAAUUGUCUAUGGCUCUGUCGACACUGUUGACCAAGCUGUACCUGUAUGAUUUUCUGUCUGUUCGAGAAUAAAGUCGCAAUCUGAACAUUCA